AUGUCUCCAAAAACGGAAUCCGAUGAAUUAAAAAAGCGCGUUCUUGAUUUUUUGUGUGACGACAUCAAAAAAUUCUUCUUUAUCGACUGCUCAAGUUCCAAAUUAAGCAGGAAGGAAAUAUUUGGUGUUAUUCAAGGUCUCCAACAAGAUGAAAGUGCGGAUGACUCAGCCAAAACAUUGAGAAACUACCAGGGAUCAAAAAAUCAAGCAUAUUACACAUGGAAUCGUGAAGAUUUAGAAGAUAUAAUAUCGAAUUCUCCUAAUUUGGUCGUGUUGGAGUUACCAGAAGAAGAAAAUAUUGAUAAAGAUCAAGUAAAGAAGAUUUUAGAUCUCGUAGAGAGACGUUUGUGGAAAAAAGUGGUGCUGAUUUCCAAGAAAAAAGAUAUUUUUGAUGAUUUAGUUUAUUGGUAUCAUAAAGCAGGUGUGCUGAAACUUAAUAAAGAAUCUGUUCUUCAAGACCUUUUUCCUAUUCAUAACAUAGUUGUUAAAGAUUCCUCGGCAGAUACUAUAACAGAUUUGAGACACACCUUACAUCUGGCAGUUGAAAAUGGAGCUACACACUUAGUGCAUCUUUUGUUAAGUCUUGGAGCAGAUGUUAACAUCGGAAACAUCCAAAAUCGAACUGUUUUGCAAGUGGCUUUGGAAAAAAGCUUUAUUGACAUAGCUAAUAUUCUUUUAACCGAGAAUAUAGACGUACAUUUAAAAGAUGAUAAUGGAUGUACUGCUUUACAUUUGGCAGCGAGGCUUGGAGAUGUUGACAUUAUGAAAAAAAUUGUUGAAAAAGGAGCUGAAGUGAAUAUCGAGGAUGAUUUUGAUUGUACUCCAUUGAUAUAUGCUUGUGAAGGUGGAAAAGAAGCAGUAAAGUAUUUAUUACCUCUGAUAAAGGACGUAGAUAUCCAGAAAACAUUAUUGCACUCAGUUAAAACUGACAACGGUGAUGUCAUAGAUAUUCUAGUACAUUCUGGUGCUGACGUCAACUUCCAGGAUGCUGAUGGAUUUACUCCAUUAUUUACUGCAGCUUCCUAUGGGAAUUUAAGCACAGUAAAUGCUCUAUUAAACCAUGGAGCUGAUCCAAAUAAAACAACUACUUACUGUGGGACUCCUUUACACAGCGCAGUUUCAAAAAGACAUAAUGAAGUAGUCAAAAAACUACUAAAAGCUGGUUCUGGAGUCGAUGCAAUAUUUGAAGGCAAGAAUAUCAUUCAUAUAGCUGCUGAACAAGCUGACAAAGAUAUCUUGCUUGCUUUACUAGAAAAUAAUGCAGAUGCAUUGAGUAAAGACAAAGAGGGUAAUACUGCAUUACAUUAUGCCAUUUUGAACGAUUGUACUGACGUUAUUGAUGUUCUUAUCGCUCAAGGGAUAGAUAUAAACGCCAAAAAUGACCAGUUUCAUACAGUCUUGUAUUCUGCAUGUCGCUACGACAUUCCAGACGUAGUUAAACGUCUGAUAUCCCACAACGCCGAUGUUAGUAUCAAAGAAAACUGCUUAGGAUGGUCUCCUUUGCAUAGGGCUUGUGAAGAAGGUAACUUGGAUGUAGUAAGAGUUUUGCUUGAUGCCGGAGCGAAUGUCAGUGACGUUACGAAGUUCAAGGACACUCCCUUACACCGUGCUGUAGGUAAAGGUCAUGAGGGGAUUGUUGAGGAAUUGGUAAGGAGAGGUGGUGACGUCACAGCGGUUAAUGGUAGAGGUGAAAGUGUGUUAGAUAUAGCCCGAAAACGGCAAUCAAAGGAAAUAUUAGAACUCCUUGGUAAAGAAUCCUCAUAUUAUUUAAAAAAAAACGUAGACGUAAAUUUAAAAGAUAAUGAAGGAUAUGCUGCUCUACAUUUGGCAGCAGGGCUUGGAAAUAUUGACAUUAUGAUACAGCUGUACCACAUUCCAAACAUAGUUAGAUGUUUGAUAUCCCAUAAGGCAGAUGUCAAUAUCAAAGAUAACCAUCAUUGGACUCCUUUGCAUAUGGCUUGUAAAAAUGGUGAAUUCGAUAUAGUGAGAGCCUUACUCGAUGCCGGAGCCAGUGUCAAUGACGUCACGAAGUCCAAGCACACUCCCUUACAUUUCGCGGUAAUUUUUAGUAGUGAUAAUAAGGAAAUUAUUAAGGAAUUGAUAAGGCGAGGCGCUGACGUCACAGCCGUUAAUAGUGAUGGUAAAACUCCAUUAGAUUUAGCCCAAAGAGAACAGUCAAAGCAGGAAAUAAUAGAACUUCUUAGCAAAAAAAAACUGAUGAACAUUAAAUUUAGCUCAUGAUUAUACAGUACGUUUAUCCUUUCUGUAGCUAAGGGGCAUCCGUAAGGGGGGAAAUGAUAUUCUCUCGAUGUUUCUCGUAAAAAAUUGGACGACGCGUCCCAACAAUGAAAAUUCGAUAAAUUUGCAAGUAGCCAAUGAAAUGAUGUGGACGGAGUGUUUUGCGGUGACAAGUACUCGUCAAGUCCACGUGGAAAUGUUUUUUUCCGCAUACCUUUCAUAGAUACAGAUCCAGUAGACACAGAUCCGUACUUUACAUAUUAUUUUAUGACAUUAAACAACAAACAAAUAACAAAUUUAUUAAUUAGUAAAUAAGAGAAUUUUGCUUAUUGUAUUUGAUGUGUCAUUCUAAUAUUUUUUUUUAUUUUGAGAAAAUAUGCUUGUAUAUCAGUCAAUGUAUUUCUAAGUUAUUCUUAAAUUUAUAUAUAUUUGAA